AUGAUCCUGUACAAGGGAGACGACGCCCUGAUGUGCAAAGUGUUCGCGAUGACCCUACGAGGAGCAACUCAAGACUGGUUCCACACUCUACCGUCCGCAUCGAUAGGCAACUUUAAGGAGUUAGCCCUCACCUUCACGAAGGAGUACACCUCUUACAAUACGAUCAGAAAGCAUGUGGACCACUUGUUUAACCUGCACAAGAAGCCAGACAUGUCUCUUCAAGACUACCUCAGACGGUUUAAAGCUGAGAAGGCGAACAUCAUAGGAUGCAAUGGCCAAGUUGCAUCCUCAGCUUUCAAGAAGGGCUUGCCAACUGAGCACAAGCUAUACCGGGAGCUGGCCAUAACUCCAAGCCAAACCUUGGUAGAAGUGUUCGCAAUGGCAGAGCGUUGUGCACUUUGGGACGAUGAUCGUAUCGCCACAAAGAAAGCCAACAAGAAAGUUGAUCACCCGACGAUGCAGGCAAGCCAAAAGAGCAACCAAUUCGAGCAAAAAGCCCAGGAUAAGCACAGAUCGCGGCCCCAAGAGAGAGGCUCAGAAAUAGGGACCUUCACUGAGUUCGCUAUCCCAAUUCACCAGAUCCUGGCUCAAGUGAAGGACAAGUCAUGGGUGAAGAGACCGCCACCCAUGAGGGGAGACCCCUCUAAGAGGGACACCAAUAAAUACUGCGCAUUCCACGAGGAGCACAGUCAUUACACCAACAACUACAAUGCUUGGAAAAGGCACCUUGAGGAGCUGGAUAGAGAAAGCCAUUGCACAGAAUUCGUCGCAAAGAAGACCAUCCAGCAGAUCGAGGAUCGUGUUGCAGCUUUCAAGGAAUCUCCCCAAAAGGUCAUUCGAAUUAACACAGUUCUAGCUGACUCUCAAGAGUCCGGACUGACCACCAAGGAGCGCAAGAGAAAGAUCACGCAGGCCACUCAUGUCUCCCAAGUCACAACGGGAGUACCAGCCAUUGUGGAUACACCCAUCAUCGGCUUCCAGAAAAAUGACUUGAUCGGGCUUUGCCUGCCGCAUAAUGACGCCCUAGUCAUCUGCAUCCAAAUUGAACAAGUUGUGGUCGAGCGAGUUCAUGUAGAUAAGAGCAGCGCAGCCAACAUCCUGCAAUUAUCUGUGAUCCAACAGAUGGGAUUGGAGCCCAAGAUUAGCAAAUUUUCUAGAUCGCUCACCGGCUUCAAUGACGCCAUCUCAAUCACUGUUAGAAAGAUCGACCUUGACUCCCACUCACCCACAGUGGCUUGCUCGUAA